CGAAUCGUGAUCGUACGGCUCAGAGUGUUGGAGAUUCUCUGGACGGCCGGUGCUUAUACGUUAUGUUAUUUAUUUCUCUCAAAUUACCCUUCUGAUGUUCACAAAAUAAAGCCAUCGUACUCGACUUUACUUCAUCUCUCUCUCUCUCUCUCUCUCUCUCUCUCUCUCUUCUCCUUUUCUAUUGAGUGCUGUUGUUUAGCGAGAGUGCUUUCGCUGAGACAUAAACCGUUUGUGGCAUCAGAGUCGCACAAAGAUCGGGCAAGGUCUGCCUAUGUGAGGAGAGAGGAUUAGAGUUUAAUUGAAUUGGAACACCGGUGAGAUUAGGGUUUUAUUUUCUUAAAUAAUGGGGGAAGCUGAGCUAUUGAAUUAUCUCGGCUGAAGCAAUCUCGUAGCUUGGUAGUGAUAGAUCGUUUAGGGUUUCCUCAUUGAGCGACAGUUCUCGAUUGGUUUGGGUUUGUAUUCGAGUUGUUCGUUGAGACUCUCCUCCACUCAUUCUGAUGUGAGAGAAGCUUUUUCCCUGUUGGCGAUUCUAGGGUUUUUGUGGUGGGGUGUUUGAAUGGCGAGCACGGGGGAGCCUGACCGUAAAAGGCGUCACUUUAGCUCCAUCUCACCCACAGAAGCAGCAGCCGCCGUCAAAAAACAGCCCUUCUUUUGGCCCUCCUCCGAGGACAAGCUUGAUACUGCUGUUCUUCAGUUCCAAAAUCUCAAGCUAUCACAGAAAUUAGAGGCUCAGCAUGUGGAGUGUUGUAUUCUUGAGGAUAGGCUUUCUCAGAUCAAGGAUCACCAAAAACUGUACGGCUCCAGUUUGAAGACUGUCCAUGAGUCUUGGGAAAAGCAGCUUACAGCUGCAGUGGAAUCAUGCUCCGUUCGUGUGAGUGAUUCAAGCAGUGGAGCUCAUAGGUUUGUAGACAAGGAGGAUGGGUCUUCUCUGGCCCACAAGGACGAUUUCAUCAACCGGCUACUUGAAACUGGUGCCACUGAGAGCUCUUCUUCUAACAUCUGCUCGAAUGGGAUGGAAGAAGAAAAUAGUGGAAAUACAUCAAGACAGUUUACGCAGACUUUGUAUAACCUAGUAGCCACGACCAAUGAUUUGAGGUUUCAGAAAGAUCAAUUAUAUCCCACUGCUCUCAAAGCGGACCUUGAUAAAGAUUUUUGCGGUCAGCCAUCACUGAAUGAGUUGGAAUCAGAAAUAAAAAGUUUCAGAGUGGUUCUGGAUGAUGUACUUGUGAAAUUCAAAUCACUUUCGAGGGAAUUGCAGAGCCAUCGCGAUGCUGAUGCUAAAGUUAGAACGGACCUUAAACGGAUAAGAGGGGAGCUAGAGAAUGAGGUUGUGGAGCUUCAACAAUGUAAUGGUGACUUGUCAGCACUUAGAGCAGAAAGGGAUGCAACAGCAGGAGCGUUUUUCCCAGUGUUGAGCCUUGGGAAUAAGCUUGCUUCUGGCGAUAAGGGCAGGGAUAAACAAAGGGAUAUGCAAGAGAUGGAAUCCGUUCUGAAAGAGUUAACGAGCUUAGCUUCAAGCAGGCUACAAGAGCUAAAUGAUCUUCAUGAGGAAAGGACAAAGAUUCUGGAAAAAACGAGUAGUUUACAGAACAAGUCAAAGUCUGUGAGGUGCAUCUCAUCUUCUCAAGCCUGCCUUUCAUUAAAAGACCAGCUGGAAAAAUCCAAAGAAGCAGUUUUCCAGUAUAUGGCUUUACUUGAGAAACUGCAGGUUGAAAAGGAUAGUAUAGUCUGGAGGGAAAGGGAAAUGAAUUUAAAAAGUGAAUUAGGUGAUGUUUCUCGAAGGUCUUCUGCUGUUGCUGAUUCUAGAAUCGCUUCUUUAGAUGUGGAGAUACAAAAGCAACUGGAUGAGAAAAAGCGAAUCAAGACUAGGUUGGGAAAUAUAUCAAAAGAGCGAGGUAGGAAAGAAAUCUUUGCAGAUAUGAAGGCAUUAAUUUCUUCGUUCCCAGGGGAAAUGAGUUCCAUGCGAAGUCAAUUAGAAAAUUAUAAAGAGACUGUUGGAGGUAUUCAUUCUCUACGGGCUGAUGUGCAGUCCCUCUCUGGGGUUCUAUGUAGGAAGACAAAAGAGUGUGAAUCAUUGCAUUUGAGAUCAGCUGAUUACGCUUCUCAGCUUGGUGGCCUUAAUGCUACGGUUUGUGAUUUGACGAACAGUCACGAGGAGUUGAAGUUGUUUCUAGACAUGUAUAAACGAGAGUCCAUUGACCCGAGGGACAUAGCUGAAGCCAAGGAGCAGGAGUACAGGGCUUGGGCUCAUGUUCAAAGUUUACAAUCCGCUCUUGAUGAACAUAAUCUGGAAUUGCGUGUUAAGGCAGCAAAUGAAGCGGAAGCUGUUUCCCAGCAGAUGUUGGCUGCUGCCGAAGCUGAGAUUGCUGAUUUAAGGCAGAAAAUGGAUGAUUGUAAACGGGAUGUCGCAAAGCAUUCCGAUAUCUUGAAAUCUAAGCAUGAAGAACACGGAACAUAUCUCUCUGAAAUACAGACAAUUGGAAGUGCCUACGAGGACAUUGUACCACAAAAUCAACAGCUAUUACUUCAAGUUACAGAGAGGGAUGACUAUAACAUCAAGCUUUUCUUGGAAAGUGUAACUUCGAGGCAGAUGCAAGAUGCUCUGCUUAUCGAUAAAAAUAUCAUGGAUAAGGAUAUCCAGCAAGCCAGUGCAUCUGCUAGUUUCCUCUCCAAGAAAUCAUCAAGAAUUGAAGAUCAGUCGAGGUUCUGCAUAGAUCAGGUUCAGAAACUAGCGGAAGAUAGAUAUCAAAAGUCUGUUACUCUUGAAAACCUGCAAAAGAAACGAGCAGACAUUGGGAAUGGCUUGGAUCAAGCUAGGUCAAGGCUGGAGGAGUCGCAUUCUAAAGUUGAGCAAAGUCGUGUGGAUUAUGGGGCACUGGAACUGGAACUAGAAGUCGAAAGGUUCGAUAGGAGAAGGAUAGAAGAGGAAAUGGAAAUCGCCAAAAAGAAAGUUUCUCGUCUUCGGUCUCUCAAAGAAGGAUCAUCGGCCAUUCAAAAGCUCCGACAAGAACUCGGUGAAUUCAAAGAGAUUCUGAAGUGUAAGGCCUGCAACGAUCGCCCAAAAGAGGUCGUGAUCACGAAAUGCUACCACUUGUUUUGCAACCCAUGUGUGCAAAAGCUCACAGGAACUCGACAAAGAAAGUGUCCAACAUGCUCAGCAAGUUUCGGACCUAAUGAUAUUAAACCUAUCUACAUAUGACCGCACUGAAGCUCUCGAAGGCGCCAUUCAUAGCAUUUCAAAACUGUGAAUCACAGGGACUUGUUUCUUAUAUAGAUAAAACAAAAGAAUUAGAUCUCUGUAAUUAUUAAUAGCUUUUUUUUUUGGGAAAAGAAUCGAAGAUCAUGAACGUGAUAUGGCAAAUCAGAGAUUUUGAAGGACCAUACUGGGAUUUUGAUCAUGUGAUAGAGAAUAUGUAAGACUCUUUUGCACUUUCUAGGGUUUUUUUUUGUCUGGUGAUCUUUUUUGUUGUAAUUUGGAACAUGGUAUUAAUCCUAAAUCUGGGUUGCGAUUGAAUUUUAGAUUAGUCUUCAUUUGAUGUAUCAUCCAAACGUGUGUUAACAACGACUUAAUGCUUAUUGUCUUCAGUGUUGUAAAAUCCUCAAUUAAUACAAAAACAUGUAGUAAA